UACUCUACGGUAUAAUCCAGACCUCAUUACUAAACACGACACCGCGCUCAUGAUUGCCGCACAUCAUUCAUUAUAGGCGAUACCAAGAAACCAGAUGAAAUUAGCGUGAAACGGACGAGUAGCAUCACUCACUUAAAUUGCGGUCAAGGCAACAUAAAAUAAUUUAUGAAAUCUGUAUUUACUUUAUUGUUAAAUAAACCCGAAACACCUUGGUUUACCUAUUUCCUUGCUGUCAUAAACUGUGCGCUCAGCUGACAUUUCAAUGGAACGGGGCGAGUCGUGUUUCUGAUCCAUCAGGAAGACGUCCUGGCAAAGCGUGACGUUGAGAGUCCUCUGGAGUUCUGAGGUGCCAGAACCCAUCAGAGCCCAUAGUCUGGGGAUCAGGGUGCCAGAGGGGGGACACGGAACGCGGAACCAAGUGGAACCGCUCAGAACUCCGCAGGAGUGUACGGAACCCCUGGGCCUGGCCCUGUGUCCUGGAGGAGGCAGCUGAGGGACGGACCGGGUGCGUCACGUGGCACUGCUCUGCCUGACUCCCACCCAGACCUCACCCCUCAGAGGGCCCUCUCAGCCUUCCUGCUGGGGAGAAGAGCAGGCCUUCAAUCUCAGUGGGAAGGAGGAGCAGUGCUCUGUGUUUAUUUGUGUUUUCAUUAAGCUGUGCUUUUUCAGGAUACCUCGACAGUGGAUGUGAUUUAGACAAGGAGUUUUGUAGUGAGACUGCAGGGAGAAUGUAGAUGACCUUGUUUUACCUGUAUAGAACCAUAGGACAUCUGAUCUGCAGUGACCAGCAGGCUGGUAAACAACUGAUCACACCUGGUCUUUGGACUACAGAAGCGCCUCUGAGACAGUACUGUUGGUGUGGGUGUUGUUGUGUGGGAAUGAAGACACUGGACAGCCGGUCAUUUUAACAGGGAUCAUGUACACUGUCAUCAGGGCUGAUCUGAGACAUCAGCUGUCACACUGAUAUAAGAUGACUAAAAAUCAACAGAAGACUACACAUUCAACCAAACUCCUCUGGAGACUGGAGCCCUGUUUUCCCGUCUCCUCAGUGACAGUCAGUGCUAUUUGAUUUAACAUAUCUCCAGUCCAGUUGGCUCCUCAUUUAACGCACCUCGGUAGUGCCAAGUCAACUAGUUUCUCAUCACCAUGGUGAUGUCCCAGGGCACAUACACCUUCCUGGCCUGCUUUGCUGGGUUCUGGCUGGUGUGGGCUCUCAUCGUCAUGCUGUGCUGCUUCUGCAGCUUCAUCCAGCGCCGUCUGAAGAAGAGGAGGGAGGAGAGGCUGAGGGAGCAGUGUCUGAGGGCCUUGGAGAUGGAGCCAUUGGAGUGCCUGGGCCCAGAGGGGUUAGGAAGGGAACCCCCCACCAGAGAGCCCCUCCAUUUCUGCCCCCCACUGACCCUCUCCCCUCCGCUGCACAUUCUUCACUCCCUCCCACAGGGCAGCUGGGCCUCCCCUCAAGAGACAGACGUGUUUGGAAAGCCCCCCUGCUAUGAGGAGGCUGUUCUGAUGGAGGACCCCCCUCCUCCCUACUGUGAGGUGCUGGCUGACAGCCGGGGGGGCACCAACACCAAGCCCUCCUCCCGGACCUCCAGGCUGGAGCAGCAGGAGUCCGAGACCUCCAAGACUCCUCCGGUCACAGUGUUCUCAGAGAGGGGCUACUCCUCCCUGAUCCGCCUGCCCACUGCCCGACGCUGGGACUCCCUGGGGCACCUGCUGUCUACCAUGGACCUCAACCACAACACCCUCCCCAUGGAGCCCCUCUCCCUGCAGGCCCAGGCCACCACUACCAUGCCCCGCGAGGGCCGGACUCACACACAGCCAGAGCUGGGGCUGAGAAGUAUCCAGGGGCUCAGGCGGCUAGAGCAGAGCUGUGGCCUGCCCACGUCCUUCCCUCUGCUGGGUCGCAGCACGGCCGUGUAAGCCUGAAUAAUCCUCCUGGAGGUGGGGGUGAGGCUGAAGCUAAGGACGCUGGGUUGAGGUGGAGAGGCGUUGGGUUGGGUUUGAGGAGGGGCGUCUGGUUUGUAGAGUUGGACUGAUGGAGGGGGUAGAGAAGGAAAAACACCUUUUAGACUCCCAGCAGCCAGAGGUGUUGUUCUCUGCUUUCUUCUGUGCAGUGAGAUGAGGACAACUUUUCUAAAGAUUACAUAUCUGCCUUCCUCUCAUCAUCCCUCUUUUAUCUUGCUUUGUCUCCCUCCAUAUCUGUCUCGCUCUAUUCUCUCUCUCUGGCUGUGUUGAUCUCUCUAUUCUCCAUGGCAUCACAGCCUGAUGCAGAGCAGCUAUUACACCGAGGGUACAAAACAUUUGUAACAUCUUCCUAAUAUUGAGUUGCAACCCUUUUUGCCCUCAUAACAUCCUCAAUUCGUCGGAGAAUUGACUCUACAAGGUAUCGAAAGCAUCCACAGGGAUGCUGGCCCAUGUUGACUCCAAUGCUUCCCACCAUUGUGUCAAGUUGUCUGGAUGUCCUUUGGGUGGUGGACCAUUCUUGAAACACACGGGAAACUGUUGAGCGUAAAAAAAUCUAGCAGUGUUGCAGUUCUUGACAUACUUAAACCCAUGCACCUGGUACUUACUGUACUACCAUACCCCGUUCAAAGGCACUUAAAACUCUUGUCUUGCCCAUUCACCCUCUGAAUGGCACAUACACAAUCCAUGUCUCAAUGCAUACAACUCCCAGUGGUGGGAAAAUUAUCCAAUUGUCAUACUUGAGUAAAGGUAAAGAUACUUUAAAAGAAAAGUAAAAGUCACCCAGUAAAAUACUACUUGAGUAAAAGUCUAAAAGUAUUUGGUUUUAAAUAUACUUAAGUAUCAAAAGUAAAUGUAAUUGCAAACAUAUACUUAAGUAUCAAAAGUAAAAGUAUAAAUAGUUUCAAAUGUCUUCUAUUAAGCAAACCAGACUGCAUCAUUUUCUUGUUUUUUAAAUUUACAGAUAGCUAGGGGCAUGCGCCAACACUCAAACAUUAUUUACAAACAAAGCAUGUGUUUAGUGAGUCCGCAGUAGGGAUGACAGAGGCAGUAGGGACGUUCUCUUGAUAAGUGUGUGAAUUGGACCAUUUUCCUGUCCUUCUGAGCAUUCAAAAUGUAACAAGUACUUUUGGGUGUCAGGGAAAAUGUAUGGAGUAAAAAGUACAUAAUUGUCGUCUUUAGUAAAAGUUGUCAAAAAUAUAAAUAGUGAAGUACAGAUACCCCAAAAAACUACUUGAAAGUAAAAAUACUUGAAAGUACUACUCAAGUACUUUACACCACUGAAAAAUAAUUCCUCCCCUUUAUCUACACAGAUUGAAGUGGAUUUAAUAAGUGACAUCAAUAAGUGAUCAUAGCUUUCACCUAGACUCAUCUGGUCAGUCUGUCAUGGAAAGGUGUUCCUAAUGUUUUGUGCACUCAGUAUAUGAGUCUGCUGUUGCCAUGGCUCCCUGGAACUGUUGCCCAUGAUGCCUUGGCCCCCUAGCGACUCCAGGUAGAAAGACCUCUAGUAGCUCUGUGUUGCUCCUGUUCUAUAACAUUAACAGUGAAGGACCAAGAGAUUUGCUGAAUUCAGUCGCUAUCGCCCUGCUCUGAGGAUUGCGAUGUGUAAUGGAAACAUUGUUUUGAAUUGAAAAAGCUCUUCUCCAUCAUUACUGUCAUAUCUUCAAGAUGUUCUGGGACUAUGUGGACUAUGAAUAUCAAUUUAAUAAACCACAGCUGGGGAUCGUUGCUCCUCGGUGUACGGAUGACUGUGUGUGUGUAUGUAUGUAUGUAUGUAUGUAUGUAUGUAUGUAUGUAUGUAUGUAUGUAUGUAUGUAUGUAUGUAUGUGUGUGCGUGUGUGUGUGUAUGUAUGUGUGCGUGUGUGUGUGUAUGUAUGUAUGUGUGCGUGUAUGUAUGUAUGUGUGCGCGUAUGUAUGUAUGUGUGCGCGUGUGUGUGUGCGUGUGUGUGUGUGCGUGUGUGUGUGUGUGGUCUAGCUCCUAAAUCAUUAGUCCAAUCAAGUACAAAGGGAGACAGCAGCCUUUUUUCCAGCAGGAAUAAGUUCCCUCUAUCCGAAGAAUUGAAACCCUUGUAUAAAUAAUUCAUAGCGCUAAUCAUAAGAUUUCCUUUCUCUCCCUCUCUGGGUUGUAAAUGACUUCCUAAUGGUUGCAAUCUGUCCAUCAGUGAAGCGUUUCAUCGAGAUUGUAAAUCCAUUUCUCUCCUUCUCUCCCUCUCCAUCUCAAGCUACUCAUCAGGCUAGAUGUGACUGUGAAACACUCCUUCACAUUGCCAUGCGGGUGCUACAGUACAUACAGCAGACACCAUUACAGAAAUGGAAACAGUCAUGGUAGCAAGGCAAACUCAUCACCAUGCAGCAACUGCAGACACAUGAUUUUCUUUCCUUAUUUCCUCAAAUAUUAUUUAGCUAUUCAUGGCUCUCUCUCUCGCUCUUUCAUAAUAUCUGACCCCUUCUCUGAGCAAUACUGGUGUUUUGAAUGACAUUCAGACAGCUCCUCUUCGUUGAGCUUUGGAAAACACUUGAAACUAAAAGCUUUGGAAGAUGCUUUAAACAAGUGCUUUCCCUUGUCACUCACAACCAAUUAUAUCUUGGGAAUAUUUUAUUCUGUUUUCAAACAAUUUUUCACAGCUAGUGUGAUUAAGCGCUGAAUUCAAUCCGUGGAGCUGAUGAUCAGCGUUACAGCAUGAUUACAUUUAAAGGCAAUGUUCCCCAUCAGCGGAGACUGCAUUCACAGUGAACCCUGCAUAUGUCGGCUUCAUCUGAAAUUACCUUCAUAUUUUGAUCACGCUGUCGAGCCCCAGAUGCUUUUGCAGGGGAGAAAUCUGAAAAAAAUCUGGGAAAAUUAGUGAGAUAUGAACAAUAGUGCGUUGAUUGCAUCAAGGCCAAAGUAUUUCCUCCUUCUGAAUCCAUCCAAUACGGACGGACCCCUUUUACUACCCUUCUCAGCCUAUGAGGAACCAUGUUACCCACCAAGGUCCGCCUCUUUGUUAUUAGCUGUUAUGUAAACCCAAUUCAAUCACAUUAUGUAACCACUGAAAUUAAUGCAUUAUUUGAUGGGCUUACCUGGCAGUACCCUUGAGAUGCUUGGACAAAUUAGGAAGCUUGUCAGCUUGGUUCGGUCCUCAAGGACACUCGAGUUACGGAAUUGGAUUGGAGGUCUUCAAUCCAAGGAACACCACCAUUACAGUAUAGGGCACAGCAGGUUAUACAAAUGUGCAGGUAGGAAACAUACAGUACCCAACAGAAGGAGAGAGAUGGAGAGACCGAGCUACUUGAGGCCAUUCCUGUAAAUAGAGAAUUUUAUUACUGAGAGGUAAAAAAAAGUAUUGCAGUUUGAAGUGAGGGGCAAUAGGGGAAUGUCAAAGAGCACUUAUUUAUAUAUUAAGGUAGUUGUGGUUAUCUUGAAACCUAAAAUUUAGGCAGUUCAUUUAGUUUAUUCCAGAUGCUGUUUUUUGUGUGUGUUUUUUUUUACAGUAUACAAUUGCAUUUAGACAAUCAUUUUAAGAGCUUUCCUUUUUUGGAACAACCAAUUUAAUCUGAUUAUCAUGGCCCUGAAUGUACAGAUUCAUGAUAUAAGUAACUGAAAAUGAACACAAUUUAAUUUGAGGUGUUUCUAUCCAUGCUUGAAUGUAGAAGUAAAUGUUAAAUAUUAUUUUGCCAAAUGUUUUGUCUGUUUUAAUCACACAUCAUGUCAUAUACAGUCUUCUUGAUUGAUUGACAAUUGCUUCUGAGCUGUCAUGCCUGGAUUCCAGUCGCUUAUUUAAUUGUACAACUGUUAUUUUGUUUAUGCAGUUUAUUUUACUUUUCCCCUCCUCCGCCACAGAAGGAAAAGACAGAGGUGUAAAACUGUCAUCCUUCCUCUGUUGGCUUACGUGUUGCUUGGCAACCACCAGGCCAGAGUGCUAGCUCAGUUUGUUUACAUAGAGUGAAUGGGAACGUCAGCUGUGUGGUCAGUGCUGAACAGUCAGAGCACAAUGGUUAUGGGCCACUGGGCAAGGUUACAUGGCUUCUAAAUACUCGUGUGGGACUGGGACUGUCAGUGGUGUCAGACAGAGUUUUCCAUCUCCUAACCCAGGGGUCACUCAACACAGUUGGAACUGGACCCAUAUCACAGAGAAUGAGAGGCCUCUAGUGGCCAAUAGGUAUUAGCAUUUUCAGUGCCAUUGAGGGCUUCCACCACUUUAAUAUAGUCAACUGGGUGGGACUUCCAACUUCCUUGGCUGGUCCAUUCUGGUGACCCGGUUGGAGUCGUGUCCAACUGGGUUACAAGGAGGGAUCAGUCAAUUGUGAAGAAGAAAAUGGACUACUUCAAAAUGGAGAUUUCUUUAAUAGGUUUGCCUAUGCUGUCACAGUUGCUUUAACGGUACAAAGAUGAGUCCUCUACCUCUGUGCCCGGGUACAUCAACUGUCUAGCUGGCAAUGUGGCAGCCAUUUUGAGGAGCUCAAUAAAAUGCCCUGAUGAAAUGGACCGUUCCUCUAACAUUGGGUUGGCAUCACUGUGGUAUAUCCAUCAUUUGAGGAAUUCAAACAGACAUUUAUUUACCAUCCAAGGAAGCAUAUUAUUCCAGACAGGCUACAGAUUGAUAUGGCUUAUAGCAGAACGUGGCCCUGCCAUAGUAUGGACUGACACCUCCUCACAAAUACAUACCUGUUCCGCUGUGACUGUCUGUACAGCAUGUAGCAUGCAAAGUGUUCUGUAUAAAUCUGACUGCAGGAGCUGUUCUCUGUUAGUUCUCUCCUACAUCUGCUGCUACUACUGUAUUGUAUGGAAUGCAGAGCAAAAAUGUCCCCCUACUACCUAUAUAGUACUUUUGACUAGGGCCCAUAGGAACUAUAUAGGGAAUAGGGUGCCAUUUGGGACACAUCCUAUGUGUUCUAUGUAUACCGGUGAGAAAGGGGCUUCAUAGUCAUAGUCCAGUUAUGGUUCUAAGUCAAUGGUACCAACAUCUCUUGAAUAAAAAUGUAGAUUUAAAAACAAACAUGACAA